AUAAUGAUAGUGAAUAAGGCAGGCGCCUAACGAUUAAUUUGCCAACCUCCUACUUUAAAUUGGGGCCGGUUUGCAUUAAAUUACCUCCACCAACAUCUACCUGCACGCAUUAAUUCAGUUGGGAUCCCAGCGCACAUAACAAUGGAGGAGGAGGAUGAGAAAAAAGGAUAUCAUUUUUAUAUUUUCACAAUGAAAUGAAUCCAUCUUUCUAUUUAGUUAGCUAGCAGAUCACACGAGAUUAAACUCGCAGUCGUAGAUGGCGAUGCUGCAGAUGAUUGCAUCAUUUGCGUGAUUGAAUCGGACUGGAAUUGUGUGAAGUAAUUAUCAGUCAGUGUAGCUACUAGUAGAAUUUGUUGGGAGUCAAGCUCAUAGCAUUCGCAUUCAUCACACAAAUUCCAUUUUUUUUUUCUUUUGAGGCGCGCAGUGGUGGAGUAUAUAUAUAGAUAGAGAAGUUGAUGUCGAGAGCAGAGAUGAAGAGCAGCUCGAGUGCGAGUGCGAGUGCGGAGGUGGUGAUGGAGAUAGAGGCUAACAAGCCGCAGGGGAACGGGAUAGUAGUGGGAGGGCUGAGCCCGUUGAGCGAGAGCCUCUGGAAGGAGAAGACCAACACGGAGUUCGUGGGCGACGUCUCGGCCAGGCUGGCUUGGAAGGAUUUGACUGUGGUGGUCACCCUCGGCAACGGAGACACCCAGAAUGUCCUCGACAAACUCUCCGGCUAUGCCGAGCCCGGAUCCUUCACCGCCCUCAUGGGCCCUUCCGGAUCCGGCAAGUCUACGCUGCUCGAUGCCCUCUCCGGCCGCCUCGCCGCCAACGCAUUCCUCUCCGGCACUAUUCUUCUCAACGGCCGCAAAGCCAACUUGUCAUUUGGGACUGCCGCAUAUGUGACCCAAGAUGACAACUUGAUCGGCACCCUCACAGUCCGUGAGACCAUAUCGUAUUCAGCCCGGCUGCGGCUCCCGGAUAGAAUGGCGUGGGCGGAUAAGAGAGCGCUGGUGGAGAGCACCAUCAUCGAGAUGGGGCUUCAGGAUUGCGCGGACACGGUGAUAGGGAACUGGCACCUGCGCGGCGUCAGCGGCGGAGAGAGGAGAAGGGUCAGCAUUGCAUUGGAGAUCUUGAUGAGGCCACGCCUGCUUUUCCUGGAUGAGCCUACCAGCGGCCUCGACAGUGCAUCCGCCUUCUUCGUCACUCAGACCUUACGAGGCCUCUCCCGAGAUGGACGCACCGUCAUCGCCUCCAUCCACCAGCCUAGCAGUGAGGUUUUCGAGCUCUUCGACCGAUUAUACUUGCUCUCCGGCGGUAAAUCUGUCUACUUUGGCCAAGCUUCCCAAGCCUAUGAGUUUUUCGCUCAAGCCGGCUUUCCUUGCCCUGCUUUGCGGAACCCAUCUGACCAUUUUCUCCGCUGCAUCAAUUCUGAUUUCGACAAAGUUAAAGCCACGCUCAAAGGAUCCAUGAAAAUGAGGUUUGAGAUGAAUGAUGAUCCUGUUGAUAGAGUAACCACGGCAGAAGCUAUACGGACGCUUGUGGACUCUUACCAAAAGUCCCAGUAUUGUUACUCCGCAAGAGAGAAGAUUGAGGAGAUGUCUAAGAUUAAAGGAACCGUGCUAGAUUCUGGAGGGAGUCAGGCGAGUUUCUUGAUGCAGGCUUUCACCUUAACUAUACGCUCAUUUGUUAACAUGUCGAGGGACUUUGGAUAUUACUGGCUGAGGCUUGUCAUCUACCUCGUCGUCACUGUCUGCAUCGGAACCAUUUACAUGAAUGUAGGAACCAGCUACAGCGCCAUCCUGGCAAGGGGUGCCUGCGCGUCUUUCGUGUUUGGGUUCGUCACCUUCAUGUCGAUUGGUGGAUUUCCUUCAUUCGUGGAAGAUAUGAAGGUGUUCCAAAGGGAAAGGCUUAAUGGGCACUACGGCGUGGGAGCCUUUGUGAUCAGCAACACCCUGUCUGCAAUGCCGUUUCUGAUACUCAUCUGUUUCCUCUCCGGCACCGUGUGCUACUUCAUGGUGCGACUCCACCCCGGGGUCACGCAUUACAUCUUCUUCGUGCUGUGUCUUUACGCGAGUGUGACUGUGGUGGAGAGCCUGAUGAUGGCCAUAGCCAGUGUCGUCCCCAACUUCCUCAUGGGUAUCAUCAUCGGAGCUGGAAUCCAGGGGAUAUUCAUGCUCGUCUCCGGCUACUUCCGCCUCCCCAACGACAUCCCAAAGCCCUUCUGGCGCUACCCCAUGUCCUACAUAAGUUUCCACUUCUGGGCUCUGCAGGGCCAGUACCAGAAUGAUCUCAAAGGCUUGAUCUUCGACAACCAGACCCCCGAUCUCCCAAAGAUCCCCGGGGAAUACAUCCUAGAAAAUGUUUUCCAGAUUGAUAUGCAUCGAUCAAAAUGGGUGGAUCUCAGCGUUCUCCUCAGCAUGAUCAUCAUCUACCGCAUCAUCUUCUUCAUAAUGAUCAAAGUUAACGAGGAUGUCACUCCCUGGGUUCGCGGCUACAUUGCAAGACGAAGAAUCCAACACAAAGGAGCAAACCAGAGCACCAUGGUGACUCCAUUUGGUCUCACGCAGUCCCCUUCGCUCAGGAAUUACGUCCAGCCACGGGGUUCUGCCACAGCCAAGAGGUAGAACCACAGAGCCAUUUCCCACUGCUGCAGUAUAUUACCACUGCUCAAAUGUCGACUAGCUGAUUCUUACUUUUCUCACUGUCAGACAACUAGUAUUUACUAUGCAACCUAGCUACACUUUUCAAGUCUUCAUUUUAUCUUCAUAUAUAUUUAUUUAGCUCA